AUGCCGGUAGACUUGUCACUAUAUCUGGUUACAGAUUCGACUCCAGCAAUCUUGAAGGGUCGAGAUCUGUGUACUGUGGUGGACGAGGCUCUCAAAGGAGGUGUCACCGUGGUGCAAUACCGGGAUAAAAAGAGCGAUACCGGAGACUUGAUUAAAACAGCCAAAAAGUUGCACCAGAUCACUCAGAAAUAUGGCGUACCACUGCUUAUCAAUGAUCGUGUGGAUGUCGCUUUGGCCGUAGGAGCCGAAGGCGUUCACUUGGGGCAAGAUGAUAUGAAUUUCGAGCUAGCCAAGAAGCUCCUCCCACAGGAUGCCAUUAUUGGAAUUAGUACUUCAAGCAUUGAAGAGGCUAAGAAAGCCAUUGCCGAUGGGGCUGAUUACCUGGGCAUUGGCACCAUGUUCGCCACUCCAACCAAAACAAACACAAAAUCAACCAUUGGAACUGCAGGAACUCAGGCUAUCCUAACUGCCAUUAGUGAUUCCUCUGUGGGCACCGUAUCUAUUGGAGGUAUUAACCAUAGCAAUGUUCAAAGGGUGCUCUAUCAAUCCCGCUCUCCAAAGAAGGCAUUAGAUGGAGUAGCUAUUGUGAGCGCCAUUGUGGCCGCAGAUGACCCCAAAGCGUCAGCAGAAGAGUUCGCCAGACUUAUCAAGUCAACACCUGCAUUUUCGAUGACUCCGAGGUCCGCGCGUGCCAACGAGGCCGAGGCGUUGGUGCAGGAGGUACCACAAACCGUGCGCAAGAUGGUCGAGGUGCACCCGCUCGUGCACAACAUGAUCAACUUCGUAGUUUCCAACUUUGUCGCCAACGUGGCUUUGUCAAUUGGCGCAUCACCUAUCAUGUCUCCCUAUGGAGAAGAAGCCACGGACUUGUGCAAGUUUGACGGUGCCUUGCUCAUCAAUAUGGGAACUUUGACUAGUGAGAGCGUCUCCAACUACCAAAAAGCCAUCAAGGCAUACAACACCCGCGGCAACCCCGUGGUUUAUGAUCCGGUGGGCGCUGCCGCGACGGAUAUUCGCCGCAAGGCCGUUUCUCAACUGAUGACUGGCGGGUACUUUGACCUGAUCAAGGGUAAUGAGGGCGAGAUUCGACAGGUCUGGGGAAGUGGUACAGUGCAACAGCGUGGCGUUGAUAGUGGACCCAGCAACCUGGAUGGUCAACAGAAGGCGGCCCUGGCCCGAGACUUGGCCCGACGAGAGAGAAAUGUUGUGUUGUUGACCGGCGCCGUCGACUACCUCAGCGAUGGUGAACGAGUGAUCGCCGUGGAAAACGGCCACCCAUAUCUGGGACAGGUCACAGGAACCGGCUGUGCUAUUGGCACUAUCUCGGGUUGCUUCCUGACAGCCCAUCGUUCAGACAAGCUGCUCGCUGUGCUCUCCGGUAUCCUGAUGUACGAAAUUGCAGCCGAAAACGCGGCAUCCAAGGAGUAUGUCCGCGGUCCUGGUAGCUUUGUCCCCGCUUUCCUUGAUGAGCUGUACGCUAUCCGUACUGCUGCGUCUAAGGGAGAUGACAGUUGGUUUGUGGGCCGGGCAAAGGUGCACGAGGUGAAACUCGAUCUGUAG